UACGUGCUACAGCGGAAGCGAAUGUAUACAAUGGAAAUAAAAAAAAACAAUUAAGUUAUGAAAAACAAUAUUAAUUGCCUUUCUUUGUCGCCGCUGCAGAUAAAGAAAUGGCGGAUAUAUAAACACGAACCACUGGAGAAGCGGUUUGAUGGAUAAAAACAGAAUGAGCUGAUAGUUCCAGUGGUCUUUCAGAAGAGGUGGCAGAAGAGAGAGGCUGACCGGAAGAUGCCAAGAAGAAAACAACAGAAUCCUCAACCUGUCAAGUUGGAUUCUGAAGAUGGUGUAUUAACCAUUGUAGCUCCAGGAAGCCUGACCUUGAAGGCAGAUUUCCUUCUGGGACACGACCUUGAGUUUGGUGACCCCGGCCAUGACAAGAUCCUAGGCUUGGACGACAAGUACUCAGACUCUGUAGCGGCUGAGAUCGGCUUCUCUGUGUACCCUCUGGGGGAUGAGGAAGAGAGUUGUGCUUUCAGCCGUCUCAGUAUGGAGAGUGACGCAGAUGAGCCCCACACCGCCACCGAGAGCUGCAGGGACCAGGAGGAUGGUCCAACCUCCCAGCCCGACCUCGAGCCCCCCUUCCCCCCCUACCUGUCCUGCCGGGGCUGUGGUCUGGAUCUGGUGGGACCCUACUGUCACCGCUGCUGCAAGGGAGGAGGAGGAGGGUUCAGUGGCGCGUUCGGUGGCUUUCGCUCCGGUUCGCGGUCACAAGCGGACGACAGCGAGGAAGGAGGGGACGUAACAGACGACAACUCCAUAAUGGGCGACGACGGUCCCAACUCCAAGCUCCACUCCUGCCAGUUGUGUGGGUUCUCCUCACGCUAUGCCAAUCACGUCAAGAGGCACAUGAAGACUCACAACGGGGAGAAGCCGUACCACUGUCCCCUGUGUACCUACGCCUCGGCCCAGCUGGUCAACCUGCAGAGACACCUGAGGAUUCACACUGGGGAGAAACCAUACAGGUGUGACUGCUGCUCUUUCGCCUGCAGUUCCCUAGGCAACCUGAAGAGGCAUCAGAGGAUGCAUGUGGCUGGACAACCGGGACAGGAAGCAGAGAGACCUGCCUGCGGAUCUCCUAUUGAUCCCUCUACUGUUGGUCCUCCUGCUAGUGGCCCUCCUGCUGUUGGUCCUCCUGCUAGUGGCCCUCCUGCUGUUGGUCCUCCUGCUAGUGGCCCUCCUGCUGUUGGUCCUCCUGCUAGUGGGCAUGGUCUUAAGAGGAAGGAGGAGCCCAGUGCUUCAGCUGAAGAAGUGGUGAGGUCUGAUCUAAACCUCCACAACAGAGACUACCUGCCACGCUACAGCAGACUAAGGUUACAACCAUCACUGGCGCAACAGCCCCUUCUUGAGGGGCCUGGACUUGGGGCUGGGACUUUAGGACGGUGUUUGACUGGGUCUAGGUCUGGAGUCAGACCUGUGGUGGGAGUGAAGUCAGACGAGACACACAGAGACUCUCUCCUUCCUCUGCUCUUCCCCUUUACCUGUCGUCUCUGUGGUACCCCCCUGGAGGACGAGGACGGUUCCACUGCACAGAUCUGUGCCAAAUGCACCCUGGACAUGCUGACCAAGGAGUCAUCUGGCCCCAACAGCCCCGGAGAGCGCGGGGACAAGGUCUACACCUGCAGUGCCUGUCCCUUCCUCACCCACUACCCCAACCACCUGGCGCGACACAUGAAGACUCACAGCGGCGAGAAGCCGUACAAGUGCCCUCAGUGCGACUACGCCUCCGCCCACUUCGACAACCUGAAACGCCAUCACCGCGUGCACACGGGCGAGAAGCCGUACAAGUGCCACCUGUGUGACUACGCCUGUGGGAACCUGGCUAACUUAAAACGUCACCAGCGGGUCCACUCGGGCGCCAAGCCGUUCCAGUGCGCAGUGUGUAGCUACAGCUGUAACCAGAGUAUGAAUCUGAAGAGACACAUGCUGAGACACACGGGAGAGAAGCCUUAUAAGUGCCAGCAGUGUGGCUACACCACGGGACACUGGGACAACUACAAACGACACCAGAAGAAACAUGGCCUCGCCACCGACGGAUGGGUCAAAGUUCAGAUGUCCGGCGGGGGUGAGGAAGAGGGGGGUGAGGAAGAGGAUGAGGAAGACAGGGUGGCGGGACAGCCGCAGAGGAAAGAGGAAGAGGCGGUGAUGCAGUAUAUGUCCAGAUAGGAGAGGAACAGAGCUGUACCACAAAACAUGGGAAAUGACAGCUUAAAUUACCAGCAAAAUCUUAGUUGUUUUUGUCAAUGAUUUGUCUGCAGCUGCUAUGUAGAAUCAUGCACAAUUCUAGAACAUGGUGAUUAUUAGUGGAAAUGUUUGAUGCCUUUUGGACAGAAAGUAAAGGAGGGUGAAAGAAGGUUGCUGCCCUGUUGCCAGAUGAAUGGACUGGGAUGAGGGUUCUACUUUAACGUCCGCAACUAAAUGCUGCCUGCAUUGUCCACCAUAUGCCAACAGUGCCGUAUAUAUCCUAACUUCAUUUACAUUAUGCCUUUACAACCCACAUUUCAGUUGUCCUAUUGACUAGGUAUGAAUCUCCUCUAACCAGUCUGCUAUUCCAUCUCCUCUAACCAGUCUGCUAUUCCAUCUCCACUAACCAGUCUGCUAUUCCAUCUCCUCUAACCAGUCUGCUAUUCCAUCUCCUCUAACCAGUCUGCUAUUCCAUCUCCUCUAACCAGUCUGCUAUUCCAUCUCCUCUAUAGUCUCCACCUACCAGUCUGCUAUUCCAUCUCCUCUAACCAGUCUGCUAUUCCAUCUCCUCUAACCAGUCUGCUAUUCCAUCUCCACUAACCAGUCUGCUAUUCCAUCUCCUCUAACCAGUCUGCUAUUCCAUCUCCUCUAUAGUCUCCACCUACCAGUCUGCUAUUCCAUCUCCUCUAACCAGUCUGCUAUUCCAUCUCCUCUAACCAGUCUGCUAUUCCAUCUCCUCUAACCAGUCUGCUAUUCCAUCUCCUCUAUAGUCUCCACCUACCAGUCUGCUAUUCCAUCUCCUCUAACCAGUCUGCUAUUCCAUCUCCUCUAACCAGUCUGCUAUUCCAUCUCCUCUAACCAGUCUGCUAUUCCAUCUCCUCUAACCAGUCUGCUAUUCCAUCUCCUCUAACCAGUCUGCUAUUCCAUCUCCUCUAACCAGUCUGCUAUUCCAUCUCCUCUAUAGUCUCCACUUACCAGUCUGCUAUUCCAUCUCCUCUAUAGUCUCCACCUACCAGUCUGCUAUUCCAUCUCCUCUAUAGUCUCCACCUACCAGUCUGCUAUUCCAUCUCCUCUAUAGUCUCCACCUACCAGUCUGCUAUUCCAUCUCCUCGAACCAGUCUGCUAUUCCAUCUCCUCUAUAGUCUCCACUUCAUCCUCCAUAGCUUCUAUCUUCCUCAACCACCCCUCUCUCCCCAGAACCCUCCUCAACCACUCCUCUCUCCCCAUAACCCUCCUUACCCCCCCCCCUCUCCCCUCAACCCUCCUCAACCCCCCCUCCCCAACCCUCCCCUCUCCA